UGCAAAAUGGAAGAGUGCGUGCUUCCAGAGCCCGCCUCCCUCUGCCUCCUGGGCGAUGGCUCCUUCUCGAGGGCCGAGCUUCUGUGCGCGGAGCGCCGCAUCCUGAGCCGCUUGGAUUUCCGGCUGCACCACCCGGGCCCACUACUUUGCCUCGGGCUGCUUGCUGCGCUGGCCCGGAGCGGCCCACAGGUGUUGCUACUUGCCACUUACUUCCUGGAACUGUCUCUGCUGGAGGCCGAGGCAGCAGGCUGGGAGCCGGGUCGCCGUGCCGCUGCAGCGCUGAGCCUGGCACACCGGGUGCUCCACGGGGCGGGUUCCGGGCCCGAGCCGGCGCUUUACAGCCGGGCGGAGCUGGUUCCGGUCGAGCCGUGUAUGGUCCGCGCCGCGCUCCGAGGCCCUGCGCCCGGCCUCGCCGCCAUCUUCCUCAAGUACGCGCGGCCCCAACGCCAGGGCACCAGCCUCGCCGCCGCCCGCUUGCUCCGCCACCCCCCGGCCGGGCCUCCCUGAGCCCCGAGACCCCAGCAAAAAAAGACUCUCUUUGUGCGUCUGUCUCCCACUUCAAUAAAAGAG